CACUGAGCUUGUUUUCCUCUAUAUAGGGGGUUGCAGAGGCAGCAUGUGCUUGGACGGCCCCAGCUGUUAGCUGCUUGGGUUCCGGACUCUCCAAUACAUUUUCUGCCUUCAUCACCGGACCUCUGUGCCCAUUGAGCCAAAAUGGCCCAGAAAGGCCAACUCAGUGACGAUGAGAAGUUCCUCUUUGUGGACAAGAACUUUAUCAACAGCCCUGUUGCCCAGGCAGACUGGUCAGCUAAAAAACUGGUGUGGGUCCCAUCAGAGAAACAUGGGUUCGAAGCCGCAAGCAUCAAGGAGGAGAAAGGGGAAGAAGUGUUGGUGGAGCUGGCCGAGAAUGGGAAGAAGGCCUCCUUCAGCAAGGAUGAUAUCCAGAAAAUGAACCCUCCCAAGUUCUCCAAAGUGGAAGACAUGGCUGAAUUAACCUGCCUCAAUGAGGCCUCCGUCCUGCACAAUCUACGAGAGAGAUACUUCUCAGGCCUCAUUUAUACUUACUCAGGCCUCUUCUGUGUGGUGGUGAACCCAUACAAACAGCUACCUAUCUAUUCAGAAAAAAUUAUUGACAUGUACAAAGGGAAGAAGCGCCACGAGAUGCCCCCGCACAUCUAUGCAAUUGCCGACACAGCAUACCGGAGCAUGAUGCAAGAUCGAGAAGAUCAGUCCAUCCUCUGCACAGGGGAAUCUGGGGCUGGCAAGACGGAAAAUACCAAGAAAGUCAUCCAGUACUUAGCUGUGGUGGCCUCCUCCCACAAGGGCAAGAAGGACGUCAGCAUCACGCAAGGUCCCUCUUUUGCUUACGGAGAACUGGAGAAGCAGCUGCUGCAGGCAAACCCCAUCCUAGAGGCUUUCGGGAAUGCCAAAACAGUGAAGAAUGACAAUUCAUCUCGCUUUGGCAAAUUCAUUCGCAUCAAUUUUGACGUCACCGGCUACAUCGUGGGGGCCAACAUAGAAACCUAUUUGCUGGAGAAAUCCCGUGCCAUUCGCCAGGCCCGAGAUGAAAGGACUUUCCACAUCUUUUACUAUUUGAUUGCCGGAGCCAGCGAGCAAAUGAAGAAUGAGCUAUUACUGGAAGGUUUCAACAACUACACUUUCUUGUCCAAUGGCUACGUGCCCAUUCCCUCUCAACAAGAUGACGAGAUGUUCCAAGAGACCUUGGAAGCCAUGAGUAUCAUGGGCUUCAACGAGGAGGAGCAAGUUGCCAUGCUGAAAGUCGUAUCAUCUGUUCUCCAGCUUGGGAAUAUUGUCUUUAAGAAAGAGAGGAACACCGACCAGGCUUCUAUGCCGGACAACACAGCUGCACAGAAAGUAUGCCACCUUAUGGGUAUUAAUGUGACAGACUUCACCAGGGCAAUCCUAACCCCGAGAAUCAAGGUGGGGCGAGACGUUGUCCAGAAAGCGCAGACCAAAGAGCAGGCUGACUUUGCAAUAGAGGCGUUAGCCAAAGCAACCUAUGAACGUCUUUUCCGCUGGAUUCUGAGCCGGGUCAACAAGGCCCUCGACAAAACCAAAAGGCAAGGCGCGUCCUUCCUAGGAAUCUUGGAUAUCGCUGGGUUUGAAAUUUUUGAGGUCAACUCGUUUGAGCAGCUGUGCAUUAAUUACACCAAUGAGAAACUGCAGCAGCUUUUCAACCACACCAUGUUCAUCCUGGAGCAGGAAGAGUACCAGCGGGAAGGCAUCGAGUGGAACUUCAUUGACUUUGGACUGGACCUGCAGCCCUGUAUUGAGCUCAUUGAAAGACCCAAUAACCCCCCAGGCGUCUUGGCCCUGCUGGACGAGGAAUGCUGGUUCCCCAAGGCCACGGACACCUCCUUUGUGGAAAAACUGGUUCAGGAACAAGGCAACCACCUCAAGUUCCAAAAGCAGAAGCAGCUGAAGGACAAGACAGAGUUUGCCAUCAUCCAUUACGCAGGGAAGGUUACUUACAGUGCAUCUGCCUGGCUGACCAAGAAUAUGGAUCCACUGAACGAUAACGUGACGGCCUUGCUAAAUCAGUCCUCCGAGAAGUUUGUGGGGGACCUUUGGAAAGACGUGGACCGGAUUGUGGGGCUGGACCAAAUGGCGAAGAUGACGGAGAGCUCCCUCCCAAGUGCUUCCAAGACCAAAAAGGGCAUGUUCCGGACAGUUGGGCAGCUUUACAAGGAGCAGCUGACCAAGCUGAUGACCACCCUGAGGAACACGAGCCCAAACUUUGUCCGCUGCAUUAUCCCAAAUCAUGAAAAAAGGUCAGGGAAACUGGAUGCCCACUUGGUAUUGGAGCAACUCCGAUGCAACGGUGUCUUGGAGGGGAUCCGAAUUUGCCGCCAGGGCUUCCCUAACAGAAUUGUCUUCCAGGAAUUCCGCCAGCGCUAUGAAAUUCUUGCUGCGAAUGCUAUUCCAAAAGGAUUUAUGGAUGGGAAGCAGGCAUGUGUCCUUAUGAUCAAAGCCCUGGAACUUGAUCCCAACUUGUACAGGAUCGGGCAGAGCAAGAUCUUCUUCCGAACUGGAGUUCUGGCUCACCUGGAAGAGGAACGAGACCUGAAGAUCACAGAUGUCAUCAUAACUUUCCAGGCCCAGUCUCGGGGUUAUCUGGCCAGGAAAGCCUUUGCCAAGAGGCAGCAACAACUGACUGCCAUGAAGGUCAUCCAGAGAAACUGUGCCGCUUACCUGAAGCUGAGGAAUUGGCAGUGGUGGCGACUCUUCACCAAAGUGAAGCCGCUGCUGCAAGUCACACGUCAAGAAGAAGAAAUGCAGGCCAAAGAUGAGGAGCUCAAGUCAGUGAAGGAGAGGCAAAUAAAGGCAGAAAAUGAAUUGAAGGAGCUGGAACAGAAGCACAACCAGCUGUACGAAGAAAAGAACCUUAUCCAAGAGCAGCUUCAGGCUGAAACAGAGCUGUAUGCGGAGGCCGAGGAGAUGAGGAUCCGCCUGGCUGCCAAGAAGCAGGAGCUGGAGGAAAUCCUGCAUGAGAUGGAGGCCCGGAUCGAGGAGGAGGAGGAGCACAGCCAGCAGCUGCAGGCGGAGAAGAAAAAGAUGCAGCAGCAGAUGCUGGAACUAGAGGAUCAGUUAGAAGAAGAGGAAGCUGCCAGGCAAAAACUGCAGCUUGAGAAGGUCACAGCCGAGGCCAAGAUCAAGAAAAUGGAAGAUGACCUCUUGGUCAUGGAUGAUCAGAACAACAAACUGACCAAGGAAAGAAAACUCCUUGAGGAACGAAUAAGCGAUCUGACAACCAACCUGGCAGAAGAGGAAGAGAAGGCCAAGAACCUGACCAAGCUCAAAAACAAGCACGAGUCGAUGAUUUCGGAGCUGGAAGUCCGACUGAAGAAGGAGGAGAAAGGCCGACAGGAGCUGGAGAAGAUGAAGAGGAAACUGGAAGGGGACGCCAGUGACCUGCAUGAGCAGAUUGCUGACCUUCAGGCCCAGAUCGCCGAGCUCAAGAUGCAGCUGGCCAAGAAGGAGGAAGAGCUCCAGGCGGCCUUGGCCAGGCUUGAAGAUGAAAUUGGCCAGAAAAACAACGCUCUCAAAAAAAUCCGGGAGUUGGAAGCCCACAUUUCUGACCUCCAGGAGGACCUUGAUUCAGAACGGGCAGCAAGGAACAAAGCAGAAAAGCAGAAGAGGGACCUGGGCGAGGAGUUGGAGGCCCUCAAGACGGAGCUUGAAGACACGCUGGAUAGCACGGCCACACAGCAGGAGCUCAGAGCGAAGAGGGAGCAGGAGGUGACGGUGCUGAAGAGAGCUCUGGAGGAGGAGACUCGCACCCAUGAAGCCCAAGUCCAGGAGAUGCGGCAGAAGCACACGCAGGCGGUGGAAGAGCUGGCUGAGCAGCUGGAGCAGUUCAAGCGGGCCAAGGCCAACCUUGACAAAAGCAAGCAGGCCCUGGAGAAGGACAAUGCCGACCUGGGGGCUGAGGUCCGGUCACUCAGCCAGGCCAAGCAGGAGGUGGAACACAAGAAGAAGAAGCUGGAGGCACAAGUUCAGGAGCUGCAGUCCAAGUUCAGUGAUGGAGAGCGCGUCCGGACGGAGCUCAAUGAGAAAGUCCACAAGCUGCAGGCUGAGGUCGAAAACGUUACAGGGCUGCUCAACGAAGCCGAGGUCAAGACCAUUAAGCUCACGAAAGACGUGGGGACUCUGGGCUCUCAGCUCCAGGACACACAGGAGCUGCUCCAGGAAGAAACUCGGCAAAAGCUCAACUUAUCCACCAAACUUCGCCAGAUAGAGGAUGAGAAGAACAGCUUGCAGGAGCAGCUGGACGAAGAGAUGGAGGCCAAGCAGAACCUGGAGAGGCACAUUUCCACCCUGACCGUGCAGCUGUCCGACUCAAAGAGGAAGAUGCAGGAGUAUGUCAGCACCAUCGAGAGCGUGGAGGAAAGCAAGAAGAAGCUCCAGAAGGAAAUCGAAGGCCUCACGCAAGAGUUUGAGGAGAAAUCUGCUUCAUAUGACAAACUGGAAAAAACCAAGAACCGGCUGCAACAGGAGCUGGAUGACUUGUUGGUUGACUUGGACAACCAACGACAACUGGUUUCUAACUUGGAGAAGAAGCAGAAGAAGUUUGACCAGAUGCUGGCUGAGGAGAAGAACAUUUCUUCCAAGUAUGCUGAGGAAAGAGACCGGGCAGAGGCUGAAGCCCGAGAGAAGGAAACCAAAGCGCUUUCACUGGCUCGAGCCCUGGAUGAGGCUCUGGAAGCCCGAGAGGAGCUAGAGAGAACCAACAAGUUGCUGAGAGCAGAGAUGGAAGACCUUGUGAGCUCCAAGGACGAUGUCGGCAAGAAUGUCCAUGACUUGGAGAAAUCCAAGCGGGCAUUGGAGCAGCAGGUGGAGGAGAUGAAGACGCAGCUGGAGGAGCUGGAGGACGAGCUGCAGGCCACAGAAGAUGCCAAGCUGCGCCUGGAGGUCAACAUGCAGGCCUUGAAGGGCCAGUUCGAGAGAGACCUGCAGGCCCGGGAUGAGCAGAACGAAGAGAAGAGGCGUCAACUCCAGAAACAGCUUCACGAGCUGGAGACGGAACUGGAAGACGAGCGCAAACAGCGUACCCUCGCAGCAGCAGCCAAGAAGAAAUUGGAGGUUGACAUCAAGGAUUUGGAAGGCCAGGCAGACUCGGCCAACAAGGCCCGGGACGAAGCCAUCAAGCAGCUCAGGAAACUCCAGGCUCAGAUGAAGGACUUCCAGAGGGAACUGGAAGAUGCCCGCGCUGCUCGAGAAGAAAUCUUCACCACCGCUCGAGAGAACGAGAAGAAGGCCAAGAGCCUGGAGGCUGAGCUGAUGCAGCUGCAAGAGGAUCUGGCCGCAGCUGAAAGAGCUCGGAAGCAAGCAGAGCAGGAGAAAGAAGAUCUGGCUGAAGAGCUGGCAAGUUCUGCCUCUGGGAGGACAAGUCUCCUGGAUGAAAAACGGCGCUUGGAGGCCCGGAUCUCCCAAAUGGAGGAGGAGCUUGAAGAGGAGCAGAGCAACAUGGAAGCCAUGAGUGACCGCUUCCGGAAGGCAGUGCAGCAGGCGGAGCAGCUGAACAACGAGCUGGCCUCGGAGCGGGCCACAGCCCAGAAGAAUGAGAGUGCCCGGCAGCAGCUGGAGAGGCAGAACAAGGAACUGAAGGGCAAGCUGCAGGAGAUGGAGGGGGCCGUCAAAUCCAAGUUCAAGGCCACCAUCACAGCCCUGGAAGCCAAAAUUGGACAGCUGGAAGAACAGCUGGAACAGGAAUCCAGGGAAAAACAGGCUGCAGCAAAGACUCUGCGCCAAAAGGACAAGAAGCUGAAGGAGGUCUUGCUGCAGGUUGAGGACGAGAGGAAGCAGGCGGAGCAGUACAAAGACCAGGCUGACAAGGGUAGCACACGGGUCAAGCAGCUGAAGCGCCAGCUGGAGGAGGCUGAGGAAGAAUCCCAGCGCAUCAACGCCAGCCGCAGGAAGCUGCAGAGGGAGCUGGAUGAGGCCACGGAGAGCAAUGAGGCCAUGAGCCGGGAGGUGACGGCCUUGAAAAGCAAGCUCAGGGGGAACCCGGAACCUUCGCAGUGACUCCGCAGGCGUGGGAACGAGCCGGCCUCCUUUGCCCCCUCCCGACGCUCCGGAGGGGGCCGGAGGAUUGUCGAAAACGCCACCGAGGGCUCAGAGGAGGAAGCAGACGCCAGAGACGGAGAUUUCAACGGCACAAAAGCUAGUGAAUAAAACGUCACGCUUGCCAGAAAAAGUGCUGCAGCAACCCCCCC